CUUAGUUGAAGGAUUAAAAAGUUAAAAUGCGCUCCAUAACUACUACAUUCAUACCAAUGUGUAAAUUAACAUAUGUCAGUUAAUUUUCGGCAUUAAAUUCAAACACGACAGUUUCUACAAUACAAAAAAACCUAAGUACAUCAUGUCACAACACGGAACACCUAGAAAGCCAACAUCCAUUAUUUCAAUUCACAUCGGGCAAGCAGGAGUGCAGAUUGGUACUGCGAUGUGGCAUCUGCUACUUCACGAACACGGCCUCAACCCACGAGGGUUCAAAGAAAAUGGCGAUCGUUGCUUGGAUUCGCAAGCUCAAGUCAUGUUCCACCAGUGGUCAGGGCCGAAAUUCACAGCAAAAGCUUGUUUCAUCGAUUCCGACGAGUAUACACUCAGUAAUUUAAGGAGUGGCCCUUUGAGCGAUGUUUUCCAGUGGAAUUACGUCAUGCAUACAUGCGCCGAAAGUGGAGGUCUGUAUUCACGUGGAAAUUUUGUCGUAGCUGAAGAGGUCGUGGACAAGGUUGUCAAAUACGUAAGACAAAUGGCAGAAGAGAGUGACAACCCGUGCGGAUUCCUUUUCACCCAUUCUCUCGGUGGAGGUACUGGAUCCGGCGUCACCGCAAGGCUGCUGAACGUGCUAAAGACAGAGUAUCCAAAAGCUGCUCAAGUCGAAUUGGCCGUAAUGCCAAGUCAAAAGAUGAAAAGCAACAAUACACUCAUAGUGGAACCAUACAACAUAAGUCUCUUCUUGAAGGACACCAUGGAGGAGCAUCGAGCUGUGAUCGUCGUGGAUAAUGAAGCCUUGUUCCGAAUGGUGUACAGUACCGGUAGCAAGACGCCCAACUAUAACAGCAUAAACAGCAUCCUUGCUCAUGUUUUGAGCGCCACGACAGCCGGCACUAGGUACGGUGGUUUUAAAUCCGUCGGGUUCAGGGACAUCGAGACGACGGUCGUCGCGAGCAAACGGCUCCGGUUCGCAUCGGCAUCGUUCGCGCCGCUCGCCCACGAUUUGUCAUCGUGCCAUAACAUAGUGGCGGUUUCAGAAGUUAUGCAUGACCUCUUCUCGCCGAGACGCCAACUGUUGACGGCCGAUUUCCACGACCCUUUCGUCAUCACGUCCACGGUGCUGUACAGAAGCUAUUUGGAUUCUCUCGGAGAGGUCCAAACCUUUAUCAAUAAACUCAUCAACACCAAAACGCUCAGAUUCGUCCCAUGGGCGCCGGCUGCCAUAAAAAUCGGUUUGGCUCAAAGUCCUACUGGGUUUCUUCCGGUCGGCGAGAUCCUCCAUGUUCCUGAGUCGGCGACCCUACUCUACAACACCACCGCCGUCAUCAAGCCUUUCGAACACAUUUACCAUUGCGUCUCAUCCAUGCUGAGGAAGCGAGCUUUUCUACACUGGUACACGCGGUCGGGCAUGUUCGCUGACGAGCUGACCCUAGCCCAAGAUUCUCUUUCGGAGCUCAUCAGCGAUUACUCCGAAACUGCUUCACCUGACCCAUGCAGUGAUGAGAGUGAAUGUCAAUAAAAUUUGAAAUAACAAA